AUGGCAAAGUCCGAGUGUACUGGCACAAGUCAAUGGUGGAAAAACGUCGACUUUUUGUCACAUAAAAGAAAUCGAGCACAUAUUAUACUUGACAACGAGUUCAAAGAAAACUUGAACGAUUACUUUGGAGAGUUAUGUUGGGGUAGAGACUAUGAACAGCCAACGUUGAUGGAGAUAGAUUCAAUCACAAUAAAAGCUCCUCAGCUUAGCAUAACCCAGGUCAAGAACGCUUUGUUGAAAAUAAGGAAAACCUCAACAGGCCCUGAUGAAAUCCCAUUUUGGGUAUGGAAAGAAAACGCUGAUGUAUUUGCACCUGUUAUGACCAAGAUUUGGAAUGAAUCUCUCUUUACAUCCACAUGGCCUACCUCUUGGAAAAUUGCUCAUAUAGACCCUCUAUCAAAAGUUGAGAAUCCAAAGGAAUAUUGUGAAUUUAGAGGUAUAAACGUCACACCUGUGACUGGACGAUGCUUCGAAAGAACGGUUUAUCAUUAUCAUAGUAAAAGAUCUUUCGAGGCUGAGUUAUCAUCUUCCCAGUUUGCUUAUCGAAUCGGUGGGUGUAGCACAGACGCCUUAAUUAAAUUACAGUAUAUGUACCUGAAAGAACUAGAAGAACCAAAUUGUGAUGCAGUGAGAUUAAUUGCAAUGGACUUUUCCAAAGCAUUUGACAAUGUAAAACACGCAAAACUGAGUGAAAAAUUGAAAUCGAGUUCUAUGAACCCUUAUUUAGUAAAUUGGCACUUAAAUUUCUUAAAAGAUCGAAGACAGAGAAUAGUUUUCCAAGGAGCGACAUGCAAGUGGAAAGAUAUUAACAAGGGAGUUAUGCAAGGAACUGUAACCGGACCACAUUUCUUUAAUUUAUUUAUUAAUGAUUUGGAGAUUAAAAACUGUUCCAACACCCCCCUUGUUAAAUUCGCGGAUGAUUCCUCACUUUUGGUACCGAUUUUGAAGAAUACCCAAGAUUGUAGUUCUAAAGCCAUAGAUGAAUUUAAGAACUGGUCCGAAUCAAACUCUUUACCUUUAAAUGAAGGUAAAUGUAAAAAAAUGAUUAUAUUAAAGAAAGGACGAUCAGAGGAUUGUGUAUCACCAAUUUAUGGUUUUGAACGGCACUCAAGUCUUGAAAUACUGGGGCUAACCUUUGAAAUGACAAGCAGAUUUGAGAAAUGUGUUAAGAAAAAGUUGGUGAAGGCAAAUAAAUGCUUGUUUGUAAUUCGAAAGCUGAGGAAUGAAGGAUAUAGUCAAGACGAAUUAGAUCUUCUUUUUAGGUCACUGGUCCUGUCACAACUUAUACCUAUGGCUUAUCAGUAA